AUUUUAGGCCCUUGUUCUUUCUUCCCCGUGCCCCACCGCCGCCCUCGCGAAACCCAUAGCCAGCCGCCCUCUGCCCGCGCCUCUCCAGCCUCGCGCCGCCCCGCCGCCACCUCCAACCUCGCCGCGGCCCCACUCCUCGCACCUUCCCGAUCUCGCACCGCGACUUUGCUCCAGCCGCCAGAGAGCUGCGGAACGGGCCCUAACUCAGCUCCUCCAGCCGCUCCCAGUCCCGUGCUCUGCCUCACCUUGCUCCAGCCGUCGGAGUGCCGCAGGACAGGGAGAUGAGGCGACCGCUCCGCCGCCUCCCCUCCUUGCUCGUCCGCGGCCUCCGUCGCCAUCUUCCUCUCCGCCCGAAUCUUCUUCCUCGCCGGCGGCCACAGUGCCCAUCUUCCGCCCUUCCCGGAGCUUCUUUCUCGGCGGCGGCAGCCGUACCACCUCCCCCCUCGCCUGCAUCUUCUUCCUCGCGAGCGGCCACCGUCGCCGUCCCCCUCCGCACCCGUAUCGCGGCCGUAUUUGCCAAGUAUCCCUGCCGCAUCCCGAAUUCUUUCGUUUCUUGUAUCAUAUCACAAAACAAGAGAUACUCAGGGAUACGCGUAUCCCCACGCGUCCUGGCGCGUCCCCCUGUCGUGUGCGCGCCGCGCAGGGGCAUGGCGGCGCUUUCGAGUUUGGUGGGUGACUGCUCUACUUCUGGCUGCGCCCCCCGGAGUAUUGAAGAUGACCGCGACGACGACGAUCUUGAUUCCGAGAAUUGGGAUGGCAACAAUGAUGCUGCUGGUGGGAGAGAGCCCAACUCUGAUCGGUCUGAUGAUGAGGCUACGGACAGCUUCAUUGAUUUCUUUGGACAGAGAAAGAAAGCGAGACUCGUUGAAGAGAGCGAUAAGAAGAGGAAACGAUAUGGAGGUGAAGCACAAGGAAAUCGACCUCCUUUUGAUGGUAGCCAGGAUGACCCAAUGCCCCUUCCAAAUCCAAUGGUCGGGUUUAAUCUGCCUAGUGACAGGCUACGGUCAGUUAAGAGAAGGCUUUCAGAGAAAGCUAUUGGACCCCCUUUCUUUUAUUAUGAGAAUGUGGCCUUAGCCCCUAGAGGUGUAUGGAGAACUAUUUCAAGAACCUUGUAUGACAUUGAACCAGAAUUUGUGGAUUCUAAGUACCUUUGUGCGGCUGCCAGGAAACGAGGUUAUAUACACAAUCUACCAAUUGAUAACAGGUCACCUCUCCUUCCCCUCCCCCCAAAGAAUAUAUUUAAAGCAUUCCCUGAUUAUGAGAGGUGGUGGCCUUCCUGGGACCCAAGAAGGCAGCUAAACUGCCUGCUGACGAGUGUGGCAAGUGCAAAGCUGACAGAACGGAUCAAGUAUGCUCUUGCAAGCUCAGGCACUCUACCAUCUCCAAGCGUUCAGAAGUAUGUCACAGAUGAAUGCAGGAAAUGGAAUCUUGUGUGGAUUGGAAAGAACAAGGUUGCACCUUUGGAGCCUCAUGAGAUGGAGUAUCUACUUGGUUUCCCAAGAGACCACACGAGGGGAGUCUGCAAGAUGGAGAGGUACAAAGCUCUUGGCAACUCAUUUCAAGUGGAUACAGUUGCUUAUCACUUGUCAGUGUUGAGGGACAUGUUUCCUGAUGGUAUAAAUGUAGGUUACCAAUGACAACAUUUUGGGGUUCUUGGUGUGUUGCCUAUGAGCUCCAUCAUUACCUUGGCUUCUUUGAAGUAUCUUUAAAUGGAUUUCGUUUUCAGCUGAGUUCCAUUAACUUAAAUUUGGGUAGUUUUGACAUGUUGAACCCUGUUCUAUUUUUUCCUUUACAUAAUUCCUGUUGACUGAAAAUAGAGGUAAAAUCAUGAGAAGUACUGCUUGUUGUGUCUUUCAGUCUCUGUUUGCUAGCUAUUUGUAAAGCAAACUUGUGUUGUGGCCUUUGCUGUUUAUAUUUAUGUACACAUGGAAGUGAGAACUGUUUAUAUUUCUGUA